AUGGCGCUGGACGACGUCGCUCGGCCGCUGGGAGCGGAGCGCGCGGGCGAUCAGACGGUGUGGCGCGACGCCGAUGCCGCGCUCGCCGCCGCUUGCGCCGAGCUGCAGUCGGGCGAGUUACUGCACGGCGAAUCUUUCAGUCUCUUCGAAGCCAUGGCCGCCCUCCAGGUGCACCCCACCGCCCCGCCCCCUCCCUUUGCACACGCCCCCCUGUUAGAAGUGGUUCGCCGCUGCACCGACUCUAGAGCAUAA